AUGAAAUCACAAAAACAAUUUCAUGAUUGGAUUAUUAAAGAACCACUUGGUAGUGGAACAUAUGGGAAUGUAUUUCGUUGUUUGAAUAUAAAAACAAAUAAGAGUACUGCAAUAAAAAUCAUUAAUGGAGAAAGUAGUGCAUUAAAUGAAACUACUAUUAUUAAAAAUCUACAAGGAAAUGAAGGUAUUAUUCGAUUUUUUGAAUGUGGAUAUGAAUUAUAUGGAUAUUGUUUAGUAUUUGAAUUACACAUAAUAAAUCUUAAUCAACUUCGAUUAAAUCAACCAACAUCAAGAUUCUCUUCACAAACAUCUUUUAGAUUAUUAUUUAAAAUGAUAAAAAUUGUUGAAUAUAUUCAUUCAAAACAAAUAAUUCAUUGUGAUAUAAAACCUGAUAACUUUAUGAUAUCUCAAGAUGGAGAUAUUAUUUUGAUUGACUUUGGUUUAUCAGAACAUUAUCAAGACUUUUCUUAUCAUCAGAAAUCUUCAAUUUGCAUCUCCCAAUCAACACUUAGGAAAGAAAUAUAUUCCAAUUGA